AUGGCGCAGGUCGGAGUGGGCAAAUCUGUUGGUGGAGGAGAUCAGCACGUAACCGAGGAACUCAAACCUCUGUCGAUCCCUGUCGUGCCGCAAUCACUACAGCGCACUCAGCGUGAAGACCUGUAUUACGGACAGCAGCCGCAGAAUGGUCGGGGAGUUUCGAUGACCAGCCCCGCGAAUUCGCUCGGUACCGAGAGCCUCGUUACACCGAAUACGACUCCCGAACCGAGUGGAUCGCCGCGAACUCUCGACCAGGAACCCUUAGUUUUACCACCGCCCUCUAUUAGCACCCCUUAUGACAGGUAUAUGCAGGCUCCGUCUAUGAACGCGCCACCGUACAUGGCAUACCCGAUCUACUCCCAGCCCGCAGUGUAUCUGGUUCAUCCCCACAUGUCGUAUAUGCCACACCCAAUGGAGCCGAUGCACGUUUCGUACGACAUGUCGGUACCACCGCCAAAUCUGGGCUACAUGCCCAUGGGACCCCACUUGUUCUCGGGCUCGAUGUGUAAACUGUCCAAUCCGCAAGAACGAUACUACUCGUACGAGCAAACUCCGCCACCGAUGACCGCAUCUCCUGUCGGGGGCGUUGCUCCCCAUCUUCCUCAAGUGCCUCAAAGUACCGAAAUUUCGAUGACGGGAACUCAGGGACCUGAAACACCCAGUUCCGAUUUCACUGCGACUGAUCAACUCUUCCCCCGGAGCGUCGAUGAUCGACAGCUGGAUGGCGACUCGACCCUACAGCCGACCUACGGGUCAGCCGAAGACGAAGUCGCCGAAAUCACUGAACUCAUCGACGAGGUUCAAAUCUUCGAUGCGGACACAACACCGUCUACCGAAACGCUGAAUAACGUGGAUCGUUGGUACGAAACCAUGACCGAGCAACAUCACGCCGCCACGGACGACAACAAGAACCCGGAGUCCGGAGAGUCGGAGGUCCAGAGGAUUUCCUGCAUUCAACAGCCAGCCGCAGGGAGCGGUCUCAGCCAGCCCCCCGAGAUCAACAACAAUGCCCCGCACGAUCGGCGUCCGCGUGCCACAUACCACGCGCAGCGAGGGAAUCAAAGAUACCCUUCCGUCAGUCAACGGGACAGAAACUUCCGUGAAUCCUCUAAUGGUCGGUACGACCAUGACAGGAGGAGUGAAACUCCCGACAAACGCAAUCGCACAGGGAAUCCGAAUUAUCGGGGACCCCCUCGGGACGAUCGACGUUUCUCCAACCCGGAAUACGGUAGCCCGGAUCAAUACCGAUCGAAGCGCUCCCGAGAGUUCAGAGGAGACUUCGAGAACCAGGGUCCCGCGUCUCGAGAGAACUCCGCCGUGCGUAGGGGGGAUAACCGCCAGCGAUACUACACCUCGCCCAGACGGGAUGAGGAGCUCAAUCGCUACGACGGCAACGUUCGCCGCUCUGGUUCGUACCGAAAUCGUUGGCGAGACGACUUCAACGGGAACCGGAACGAAGAACCGCCCAAGUCCGUUCCUAGAAGUCGACCUGAACGCGAUCGAACGGAUUCAGCACAGCGAAACAGUCGCCGACCUCCGGUGGCCGCCCGACAGAAUGAAGGACAGCGAGGCCAUGGAAAGAACGCGUCGCGGCCUCGUGCGUCGGACGAGGAUUCUCUGGAGUUCCUUCUCCCGUCAACGGUAGGCGUAAAGGAUCCGCUGGACAUGAAGAGCAUGAUCAGUGACAGAGCCGUUUCCAUGGAUUGUAUUGCUAGUCAGAAAGCCCCGCACCCGUCGUCCAGGGACCAGAUCCCGGGACCGGCUGCGGGAAGGAAGGCGAACAGACGCGUGGAAUGA